AGCCAUUUCGGCUCAAGGGCGCGGGGCCGCGCGCGGGCUCGGCGGCGCCACGUCGCCGCCAUGCUGGAGGACCUGGCGCGCCUCGGCGCGCGCACGCUGCUCUCCGAGGGCGCCGCGCUCGGCAAGGCAAUGCCCCCGAGCGCGAAGCCCGGGAAGCGGCGCCCCUGCCCGCGAGCGCUGUCGAUGCCCAGGGCCGCCACGAAGGGCACCGACGAUUGCGGCAGCCCCGCGCCAAGAGGCUCCGACGAGCUCGGCGGGCAGGCGGGUGGCGGCGAGGCGCAGGAGGUGGUGCGAUUGCGGCUCGAGCUGGCGGCGAUGACGUCGAGGUGCGAAAGGCAAGCGCUCGACAUCUCGCACCUGAGGAGGCAGCUCGCCGACGCCCAGGACCAGCCUGCGCCGCCGCCGCCGCGGCAGGCGCAGGCGGACGGGGCGACCCAGACGGCUGAGGUUGCUUGCGCGGCCCCUCGCCCCGGCACCGACGGGAACCUGCACCAGGGACUCGAGACGCAGCGGCGGCAGCUGGACGCGCUGCAGCAGGAGGCCGGCGAGAAGGGCCGAGAGCUGGGGCGCGCGAGGGCGUCGCAGCGCCUCCUCCAGGCCGAGCUCGAGGAGCAGCGGAUGAUCGCGGACCAGUACCGCGAGCAGGUGGAGGUGCUGGAGGAGCAGCUCCGCCGGGCCAUGACGCAGCGCCAGGAGAUGGCCAUGUCUUCGGGGCCGCGGAGCAGGCCGUCUUCGGCGAGCAGCCGAGGGCUCUGCGACCGGGCGCCGAUCGGCGCCGGCUCCAGGCCCGGCUCCUCGCGCGCCGUCAAGGCGUGGGUGGAGCCGCGCGGCACCCCGCGCGGGACGCCCCUGGCCUCUGGCCGAGACGGCGGCCGUGGCGCUGCCGGCCCGGAGCUCGCAGGCAUCUCGUCUGGGUCGGCCUGCGAGGUAGACGUGGACGGCGAGGAGGCUUCUGUGAAGGCAGACGCCGACGGGGACAGCGACGCGGAGUUCAGGGCCCGGCGCGACCGGGAGAGCCACUCGGUGAGGGAGACGUGGGCGAGAUGAGGGCCGCCGCGCUUCUGCGCCCCUGCGGGCUGCCGCCCUGGCGCUCGCGCCUCGGCGCGCUCCCUCGGGGAGGGAGAUAGGACAUUUGCUUGUGUCUAGAUCUGGGCCUCCUCGCUCCUCCUCCUCCUCGCUCCUCCUCCCUCUGUCCCAGCACCUCUUCUUGACUUGAAUCUGGGCCGCGCCCCCUGUGCUCCAAGCGGCGGGCCGGUGCACGCGAACUGACGGCGGACCCGGCCCCUCUCGUGACGCGGAAGCAAACGCGCUGCGUGUCUUGCGGGGGCGGCCCGGCCCGCUGGCUCGGAG